UUUUUCUACAAAACUAUCAUGGGUAAUUGCGAAUCUCAGGAUACACGAGUCUGCACUGAAGAAUUUUAAUCAAUACCUCUUCCUAAUUUAUAAUAGGAAGUUACAGAUGAAAAUACCCAGUAGGAAAAUUUGGUUACCGUCAGUUAGUCCAAGUAAGAUUUGGAUGUUGUUUUACCAAUUUAGACUUUGUAAAAUAAUUUAAACUAACAUCCUCUUUCUAACACUCUCUAUAUCAUAUAUAAUAAAUGUCGAAUUGAGAGACCAAUAGAAGUAGAAGAAGGAACAUAUUAAGGAUAAUGGUAUGUUGGAAAAUAAUGUGGUUUUGGUCGUAUGUAUUACAAAAAUAAAGACUAUUAUGAAGGAUUUUGGCUACUUGGUCGAAAACAUCAUAUGGGAAUUUUCAUUUAAUCUAAUUAGCAACCUUUAAUAGGAGAAUGGUUUGAUGAUAAAUUUAUUGGAUAGGAUAUUUCUAAUAAUCUUAUUAAAGAUCCUAAACUAUCUUAUUCUCAUUUACUUAAUGUACUUCCAUAAUCUAUUAUAAUUUAGCUUUAACCCAUAAAGAAUUAAGAUUCUCUAUUUUAUGGAUAGUAUUCAAACCAUGGAAAGCAAGGUCUAGGAUUAUGCUUUCAAAAAAAAGAAUACAAAUUUAUUGGUUAUUUUUCUAAUGAUAAAAAAUAAGGCUAUGGUAUUGAAAUCACCAAAAAUGAUGUUUAUAGAGGAAGUUUUAAAAAUGACCUUAGAUGUGGUAUAGGCCAUCUCAAGAAGAAUAAGAAUUUAUUUUUAGGUGAGAAUAUUAUCAAUAUAUUAAGGUUAGUUUGAAAAUAAUUAACCAACGACUAAUGGGAUUUCAAUUUAAAUUUGA